GGCAGGCGCUGUUGAAUGGGUGGUGUCACGGCUGCCAGCGGUCACAGCACGCCUGCCGCACAAUUUCAACACAAGCCUCACCGUCCGACUCUGCUCUUUCGUUCGUACUGACAUCCGCACUGUAACUUACACCUAACCUGUGCCAUGUCUCACGCCGUAGCCAGGAUCAUGGACAUUGGCCGAGGGCCAUCCGAGUUCCUGGACGCGCUGGACGCGUUCAUCUCUACCAUCUUGACACCGUCGCUGCACUCUGCGAGAGCACUUGUCACACCCGUCCUUUUUCCUCAUGUUAUGUUUCCUACGGACCUUUUUGGUUGGUCGGUGGUGACGAUCACGUACAGGUCGGCUGGUUUUACAGUAGACCCCAUCGUGUUGGUCGUCAAUGUCUUCGUUUGGGUGGUAUCAUUGAGCAUCGGAGUGCUCGUAUAUGACAAGUACCAGGCAGUUUCGGUUCCAGCCAAGCGGGCUCCCUCCAAGCCUGUGAUGUACCAAUAUCCUCCAGAUGAUUGUGAAGUGUUCGUUCACUACCGACGACCUGAGGAACAGCUCCUCAAGUGGAGACAGCUUACACCAGAAGAGGAAUUCACAUCACAACAACUGCUGUUUACGAAGGGCGGUACAGUAUUCUUGCGUUACUUCUUGGGUCUCGUCUCGGUCGUCAAGCAAGUUCCACCUCAUUUCAUAGUACGGAUGGCUCUCGGUGUCAAGACCAGAAUCAAUAUCGAAAAAUCGAUAGCCUCGGCAGCGAUCAAACCUCCCAUAGUCACAGUUGGCGGUUACUUUCCUCUGGUCAACGCUCUUUACGGUCCGGCUGCUGUCUCGCUGAGCUCGUUCCUUGGUCUUGGUCCUCUGGUUUCCGGUCAUUUGCAGCUCAUUGCAUCUCAGCUUGGCAUUCCUCGGUGUAGUCUUCUUUCAAACCAAUUUCGUCACUUGUCGCCCGAAUCAAUCAAUCAGGUAUCUAUGUUGAUCCCAGCUGGAUUGGAGCGAUUGUAUGCACACAAGCUUUUAGGUGCUCUGACGCUGCCUUUUGUGGAAAAUCUCAAUAUGGCUUUGAGACUCUGGAGUCCGGCGUUGACCACGGUCUUCUAUGUGAUUGACGGCACGCGCAAGGUGACAGUCCUUCCCGUCCCUUGUGGCGUGUCCGUGUUGCCUGCGACCCCUGCAAUCAGGCAUAAACAAUCGGCCCUCGUUGCGCUGAACGGGAUGCGUCCAUCCUCUGUGAUCUUGCCAUUGCUCUUGUGGGCUCUCCGUUCGAAUUGUCCUCCGCUGUAUGUCUCGCUGCCUAACUACUCCGGCAUCAUCACGAUUCAUACGGUCACUUUGAUUGGCACGAGAUCUCUGCUCAUCACGGCUUCAACCUCCUCGCAUGCCGAUCAUACCGAUUCUGAUGACUAUAUGCUCGUAUAUCUUGGUUCCUGUCCUUCUGGCAUUCAUGGAGACCGCAACGAGGACGAAUCAAUUGUGCUCACCCAAUGCGACCCCAAUAAAACCAAGAUUAUGCACGCCGAUGGUGUGCUGCUCGUGGGCGUGGACGACACGGAAGAAGUACACCGUCGCAAGCCUCGGAGACGCGGAGGGAAGAAAGUCACCGCUCGGCGCAACCGCGAGCGCGCUGCAAGGGCCGCCGCUGGCAGUGAUACAGCGUACGAAGGCGCUCCGAACGGCGACCAUUCGGAAGAUCUCUACGAGAUCGUGUACGAUGUCUCGAACACGCCUGCUCCGGAAACAGAGUCAGAACCUGAAUCAGAGUCGGGUUCCGAUUCUGAUUCUGAGCCGGAGCCUGGUGUACAGACUGAAAGUGUUCAUAGAAAGAGACCUCCGCGAGCAGGUAGGAAGAGGACUAGGCAGCUGCGGCGCCAGAUGGAAGCCGCUCGAUCUGCUGCGAAUGGUGGGUGA